AUGUCCAAUCAAGCCAAUACUACUACUCCCGAAGAAUCCGAUCCCGACGUAACUUACCUUCCAGGAGUGACGAUCCACCACGGGCCACGCGACUACGCUGCUAUUCGCGAUGGAAAGAUGUACGGAGUGCAAAAAGGUAGUGAGAAUUGGAAGAUCGUUCAUGCGAUGGUAGAGAAAGACAUCAAGGAUCCGAGUAUAAUGGAUACCAUCAUUAGAUUGGCGGAUGAUGUUACGGAAGGGUAUUGA